UCUUUCAUCUAGAUUUUCUGUUGCUAUAGUAAUAAAUAUAUGUUUGUUUUUCGUGCUUGACGAAAAUUAUUUAAAAAAUGGAUUCAUCAAACGUAGCUUAUGAAGAGGCAUUUUCAUUGUUUGAUAAACAUGGAAAAGGUACUGUUUCUAAGGAAUGUAUUGGGGACCUUUUAAGGGCAGUUGGUCAGAAUCCCACGUUAUCAGAAGUCUCAGAGAUUGAGGAAUCUAUAAUGGAUGAGGUUACUUUUGAUACUUUUCUUCGUGUUUUGAAUAGGCCAAAUGGAUUUCGCCCAGUAAGCGAUCAUGCAGAAUUUAUUCGUGGAUUUCAGGUGUUUGAUAAGGAUUCUACGGGAUUUAUAGGGGUUGGCGAGCUUAAAUAUAUAUUGACGAAUCUUGGUGAGAAAUUGUCGGAUGAGGAGGUUAAUGAAUUGUUAAAGGAUGUUAAUACUAAAGAUGGUGUUGUAAAUUAUGGAGAAUUUGUUAGGAUGAUUUUGUCCAAUUAACAUUGAUUUGUAAUUAAA